CGCCCCUCCCGACCUCCUCUUCCUCGACUCCUCUCUCAUAAUGCAUCUCAGCUAAACGACUUGCGGCAUAAGGUUGCAGAAGUGAGGCUUACCUCCAAAUAAUCCAAAUCAGGCACGCAAAAUGUCUCCCGCGGGAGGCAUCUGGGCCCCCGCAGCCCUUCGCGUGCUCCGCAAGGCGGUUCUCGCCACGAGCAAGGUGGUGCGGACCAGGCUUGCGGAAGCAUCACGUCCUCUAGCCUCCGAACUACAGCCCGUCGCCGUCCGGUCGGCCCCCGGCGCCGGCCGCCAGCCCGUCCAUCCCGCCGCCCUCCUCCGCCAGCAGAAGCGCGGCAAGUGGUACUCGACCACCUCCUACACCAACAAUCUUCACGCCGCCGUCCGCCGCUACCUCAGCACCGCCGGACCUUCCCACGGCACCCCGCGCUUCGUCCGAUCCAAGUUCCCCAUCUCCAACACCUCCCGCACCGUCGCCCAGCUCACCGGCCGCGCCCCCUUCGCAUCCACCCUCCGCCCCAACCUGACGGGCGGCACCCUCCCCCGGACCGCCGGCGGGUACGCGUCCCCCGGCGCGGGCCGCGCGGGCGGGGCCCGCUACUUCAGCCACACGCCGGCGGCGCCGGCGCAGGUGGUGCAGAGCGUGAGCCAGGCGAUGCGCGCCUUCUGGCUGACGGGCCAGCGCGCGCGCCUCGACGGCGUCGGCCCCGACGGCCGGCCGCGCUACCGCGCCGUCGGCGUCGCCGUGAAGGAGGCCGAGGCCCGCCUGGCUGAGGGUGUCGCGCGGGGCGCCUACGGCCGCGCCCCGGGCGCCUACGUCGAGUUCCGCACUGCGCCCACCAUCACGGCGCUGAGCCCGCUGGCCGCGGCGUUCCCGUUCAGAGGAGUCGGCGAGGAGGCGGCCGUGGCUUGCCUCAAGGCCGAGGCUGGCGCUGCGACGCUGCACACCGAGGGUUUCCUGGAUGUCUUAUCGGUGGACUUUGCGAGGGCGCUCAAGGACCUCGCGGCCGUGAUGACGGACCUGAAGAGGCUGGCCCAGCUCGGCGACCUGCCCGUGACGCUGGAGCGGGGCGGCGCCGCGCUGCGCGUCCGCUUCCCCGGCGUGGACGCCGCCACGGCCGAGCGGCUGUGCGACGACGUCGGCGUCCAGCGGGGGCUGGUCGGCGAGGAUCCGGGCUUCGCCGCGAGCGCGGGGGUCGGGGUCGCGCUCCGCUUCCCCUUUGCGCCCGAGACCGCCCUCACGUCGCCCGGCGGAUCGCUGAGGUCGCAGGAGGGCUCGGAGCUGUCCUCCCUCGUCGACGAUGCCGAUUUCCUGGAUGAGUACGAGGAGAACCCCUGGCUGUCAUCGCCCGAACCCGAAGGUUACGAGAGCAUGUCGCCUCCGGUCUUCUCUGGCUCGGGCCAGCACUGUUCGGAGGAGUUUGAGGGGUUGGAAGGGAUCUACCGGUUCCUGGAAGAAUGCGACCGUAGCCGUGGUCGAUUCUGAGAGGGUCCAGCGUACAUGGAACUUGGUUUUGCUGCGCCGGCGUAACAUUGCGAGUUCGGAAAUUGACCAAGGAAUCGUGUUUGUAACUAGGUAUGGGUUUAACAUGGCAUGGAUGGAGGAAUACCACACUCUUUUG